AUAAAAGAUGAAUAUUCUCCUCUCGGAAAUUCCAUCACUGGUAAACGUGGUCCUGGGCGUCCACCUUCGCAGCACACCUUGGCUGUCAGCGCAGCUGCUUCGGCACUGGCUACUCGACGACAAGUUCGUGCUCGUCGUCUUCCAGCGUGGUAUAAGGAUUAUGAUACAGAUUUCGUUGUCCAAGAGGAUGAAGCUUUUGAUCGUGAGCGUGUACAAGCUCAACUGCCUCCUGGUAUUGAGCUUGAUGACCCGAAUGAAAUCAAGCCAGAUGUCCCCACAGAAGAGUGGAAUAUUGUUGUAUAUGACGACGAAGAAGACCAAGUUUUAGACAACGAUAUUGAAGAGGAGGCAAUGAUAGAGCCAGAAGAUGGAGAAAUGCAGGAUGGAGCUGUUCUUGGUCCAGACAUGAAUGACCUUAUUGUGCAGCAUUGA